GAGAACAGACAUCCAGAGCGAGAAGAACGCGUCCAGGCAAGGCAGAGCAAUAUUCAUAUUUAGCAACAACAACAACCUUAACCAGAAUGUUAGUCCGUUAUGUGUUCUGAAAGAAUGAUGCAGUUUCUGCCAGCUCCAGUAACAGACCCGGAUGAGCCCGCUGGACUGUGAUGUACAGGAUGUGGCUUAACUUCUCUGCAUGCAUGACAGAUGGCGACGAAGGGGCAGAUCUUGUGAAUCCCACACACCUAACCUCCUCUACUCUUCCUUUUACUGGCGGUCCAAAUCUGAUAUUUCUGUCUUAAAAGAACUUAAUAUAACAAAAUAAUGUAGCAGAAAGCUCAGUGUUGGAGAUAUUUGACCUCUUUUAAUCCCAUCCUGCAUGGGUCUGGUGCAUUUUAACUCUUAUUUUAGAUGGGGCUGAGCACAACACUUAAGUUCACACUCAUUUGUAAAUUACUAGACCAAUGUGCCGUGUUUGCCCCCGGUCAGCUGUGCAAUCACUUCAGCUUUCUGUUGUUUGAAGUGAUUUGAUAGACCAUCGAGUCAAUCAGCGUCCCCGCCUUUCAGGAGCAUGAAUGGCUCUCUUUUAACCCCGCCCAGCCCGCGGGCGGCGAACACCUCUCCUUUACCUCCCUCCCCCUCCCCAUCUCCAUCCCCUCCUUCUCCCUCUCUGUUACCCCUGUCUCCCCGGCCUCCCCCCCUGCCACCUCUAGUGAGCCCUCCUCCCCAGGCUCACCCGUCUUCCCUGUCAGACACCCCCACACCGUCCCCUUCUCCUUGCCUGAGCUGGACCGAAUUCUGUGAGCUUCAUGCCCGCGUUGCAGCCGGUGACUUUGCACGCCACUUCCGGGCGUUUCUCCUGGAAAACCCACACUACUCCCCGGACUCAGCGGCUGCCUUCUGCCGGCGCUUCACUGACCGCUUUGUUCGUCACUUCCAGAGUGAGCUUGAGGGGGCGCUUCCUCCGAGCUGUACCUCUGGGAGGGAAGAUAUGGUGAGCUGGGCUCCGCAGUCAGACGCUACGUCCCUGGAAGAGGAGGCGGUCUCUCCCUUGUCAGCGUCGGGGGGAGCGGUCCUCCCAUGUCCCCCAACUAACGCAACACGGGCAUCCAAGCCCGCACCAACACGACUUGUAUUAGAGAACCGCAGCGGGGACAGGUUUCAGGAUUCUUACGCCCACGGCCAAGUCCUGCCUCCAUCUUCAUCAUCGUCAUGUUGCUCCUCAUUGGGGGGAAACAAUGGUCGGCGUGAAGAGCGGGGGGCCAUGGUCGCCCCUGGGAAUGGGGAAGCACCGGUUGAGGAAGAGGAGGACAGCUGGUUAGGGGUAGCGUCUGUAGGGGAGGAUGUUGAGCCAGAGGAGCGGGACGCCGAGUCCACAGAGGUGGAUGGUGCAGACCCCUCCCACAACCCUCAGAUUACACCUUCCUCUUCCUCGGUCACUCCUCCGCCUGGCUCCAAAGGUAACAGUACACCCAACUCCAAAAACAAACUGAAGAAGCGCUUUUCCCUGCGGAGUGUGGGUCGUAGUGUGCGGGGGAGUGUCCGGGGCAUUCUGCACUGGCGAAGCUCCUCCAGUGACUCUGCCCAGAGCCAGCUGCCCUCCAGCUACAGUUACACCAUGGGUGUGCAGGAUGCUACCUUAGUUUCAGCCUCAAAGAGGAACUCUGGUACACAACCUCCCACACCCACCUCCUCCAUGCCCGUGUCUCUAUCCAUGCCCCUUUCCCUUCCCCACUCCUCCUCUUCUUCCCUGCCCCCCUCAUCUUCAAGCAGCGCCACCUCUCUGUCUCUAUCAGAGGCCGCCCGGGAUCGGCGGCGGAGCAACGGCGAAGGAGGCGAAAAGGAGAAGUGGAGCCAUCGUCUUGAAAAACUCAGACUGUCACGAUCCCCUCCUCCCGCCCUCGUGCUAACCACCGCCUCCACUCUGCCUCCGAGCAGUGCUGCUGCCGCCGCCAUUGGACCUCUGAGGAAGGUGGGCCGGCUGGUUCGGGAGGGCGGGGUGAGCGUGAGUUCAUCCAACGACGAGUUGAGCGCGAGCCAUGGCUUCUCUGGCUUCUCUUUCGGUCUACUGCACCACGUUACGGACAACAACAACGCUGCCUCAGCCUCGUCAGCUUCAGGUCAGGCGCCAGUGCAGCCUCUGGCCAGCGGAGGGAACGUACCCUGGAGGGGAGGACGCUGGCACAAGUGUCGCCUGGUCCUCAGAGAGCGGGACAGAGAGGGUGGUGAGCGGGGAGAGGAGUACUACUUGGAAUUCUUCAUUCCACCUAAAUCAUCAAAGCCGCGGCUGACUGUCCCUUGCUGCUCGAUCGUGGAUGUGAGGAGCACCACAGCGCUGGAGGUCCCUGACAAGGAGAACACGUUCCUCCUGCAGCUGGAAGGACUGGCGCAGUACGUCAUUGAAACUCGUGAUGCUGUACAGAUGAGAGCGUGGCUGAGCGACAUAAGGAAUGGAAUCUGUCUCAGUGAACAGGAAGAUGCUGAAGGUGUGUGUGGGGGGCCGUUGGACAUCAGUGGAACACCUGAGAUUGUUGACCGCCUGUCACAAGUGUGUUAUGGAGGUAUUGGAGGCUCCUCUCCUCUGAUGGAUCCUCUCCCCCCGGAGCUGCCACCUCGAGCCCCUCUCGACGAACCAGACAGCAGGAUACUCGGGGGAGGCGGAGCAAGUCUCGGCACACCUUUUGCUGAGACGCCAGAUGCAACAGGUUCCUUCCUGUUCUCUGAGACGACCACUGCCGAGGCGGUGGAGCACCCUCUCAGUGAGUGUCAGUGGUUCCACGGCACCCUGUCCCGUCUCAAAGCUGCUCAGCUGGUCUUGGCUGGAGGCCCGGCCAGCCACGGUGUCUUCUUGGUUCGGCAGAGUGAGACACGACGUGGAGAAUAUGUCCUCACCUUUAACUUCCAGGGCAAGGCGAAGCACCUCCGUCUUUCCCUGAACGAAGACGGUCAGUGCCGGGUGCAGCACCUCUGGUUCCAGUCCAUCUUCGACAUGUUGGAGCAUUUCCGGGUGCACCCGAUCCCCCUGGAGUCUGGCGGCGCCUCAGACGUCACACUCAUUAGCUUUGUGGGUGCCACCGCUGUUCGCCAGCCAGGCCGGGACAGGGCAGGCAGUCGGCCUACAGUCUGUGAUGUCAUCACCACGCGCCAUCCUGACUCUCCAUCAACCCCCAUCUCUGACUGUGUACUUGACCAGCAGACCCCGUAGCCCGCCUCAGCCUCCUCCCCUGCCGCCGGGUCGACCGCCGCCCCCAACUCCUCCCCAGGAGAGAGGAAACGAGACAGAGGUGGUGGGAGCAGGAGGAGCAGCAGGAGCAGGAGGAGGAGGUGGAGGAGGUGGAAGUGGUGGUGGAGGAGUUGGAGGUGGGGCAGCACCUGUGGUGACGACGACAGGAGCAGGAGGAGCAGCGGUGGCGGUGGCGGCGGUGGCAGCGGCGGGAGGAAGUGGAGGCAGCGGAGGUGGCAGUGGAGGAGGAGUGGAGGACUGGGAGGAGAGGGACAGGGACACUCCUCUUCGCCAACUAGAAGCCGUGGAAGGGGAGGAGAGGGACGGAGCGAGGGCGCCCCGAGCCAUCGAUAACCAGUACUCCUUCUUCUGAUGAAGGGAAGGCCAGGAGGAGAAAGGAGAGGAGGAAGAGGAGGAGUGUGUAUGUGUGUGUGUUAGUGCCAGAGCGUGCGUGUGUGUGAGCGAACGUGAGAUUGGAUGAGGCGGCGUACAUCAUAGCCAUUCAUAACCAGUAUUUUUAUUUUGUUAGCAAGGUGGAGGAGGAGGAGGAGGAGGAGGAGGAGGAGGAGGAGGGGUAAAAGUACUAACACUAAACAGAGAGAGGGAGAGAAGAGGAAGCAGAUGAAGAGACGGUGAGAGCAGCUUUACACCACUAACUAGCGGUACAUUUCUUUUUGUUUUUAGUCCGAUAAGCUUUGUUUUUUGCCGGUACGCCUCACAGCAGCGCGAGCCCUGUGAAGCCAGCAGUCCCAAUACCUCACAGCGGUCCUGCCGAGACAGCACAGGCCAGCAGAGGCCAAACACACUCUACACACACUCGUACUGUGGCCGAUAGACCUGAAACCUUACACUCUCAUUAGAGCGGAGACGACGUUAAAGCCUGUAGACUGUAGAGGUUUGAAACCUGCUCACACUAAAUCUCUCUCUCCAAAGCCCCAGACUGAACUCACAACAUCUAUCAUCACUCUUACAGGAUGCAGGAGUUGCUGGUCUGCUGUAACUCAGUCUGUUAGCCUGCUUCUUUGUGUUAUUGUGUGAAUUUGGUGCUUAUAAUAGUUGGUUCAGAUCCAACGUAGUAUUUGUGUAACACAGAAUGACACAAAUGAUCUGAUCGACCGAGGCAGCAGGCGACCAGGAACUCCUGUGCUCUCUGAGAGUGUUUUAGUCUGUGACCUUUGGUGGCUUUAAGAAUAGAGAGAUAAAACGUUUGUCUCUGUCGUGUAGAAAGAUCUGCAUCAUGAUGUUUUUCUUUCAAUGUUUUUAUUGCACUUAAAUCUCAGCUGCAUCAUUUUCUCCAGGAGGCUCGUUCCUCUGUGGUACAUCAGAUUCAGCGGGUUCCCCUUGCUCUUGGUACUGACAGUUUCCCACCUCUCCUGUUGGACUCACAACACUUAAACCUUUUUAUGAUGGUACGAUUUUAAAGAGUCCUCUAAUGUAAGAAAGGAAAAUAACUGUCUCUGUCUUUAUUUCUGAACAAAAUGACUGAUUUCUUCGUUUUGACGUCGUCUCCACGCUAGUGACGGUGUAGCGUCUCGGGUCUGUGUUGCACAUAGACUAGAGCAGGCAGGAAACAUUUACCUCAGUCACACUCAGCAGCAUCACGAGGUCUAUGUCUCUCUAUCUUUUCUCUCUCUCUUUCUUUCUGACACUCAAAGUAAAGAGACGCUAAACUGACGUUUUUCCUUUCAGAGAGUAAUUAUUGAUGAAACCAAUAACAAUAAUAUUAAUGGAAAUAAUAAUAAUGACGGUCAUAAUAAUAAUAGUGUUAAUUUUAUUUGUUUUUAUUUUGUAUGCAUACUCCAUGUAACACAUGUUCCAACUCCAUCUUGUAAUUCAAAUGUGUCUGUGCCUUUUUUGUUUUUUGGAAAAGAAGGAAAAAAAAAACAAGGUUUUACUAAACGCCUCGUUUUCAAGGCUUUACGGUAUCCUCACUCGUUCAUGCUGUCUUCUCCUCCUCAACCUCGUCCUCCAUUCAUCAAAAAAGAUAUAUACAGUUAGCAGAAAAUGUCAAUGAGAAUACCUACUUUUUCUACUUGUGCCUUUCUGUGUCUGCAUUUGUGUCGCUCUGUCUCCAUUCAUCUCUCAGUUUAGAGCUUGCCUGUUUCUUUAUACACCAUGUAUCGUCCCCAGUCAUUUCUACCAGACUUUCUUUGCUCAUGUAUUUGUCUAUAUGCAGCCCCCCGAACCCCCCAACCCCAAUCAUCAUGUUCUAUGUCCUUUUCUCAGUUUUAAAACUCUUUGUGCCUUUCUCUGUCUCUUUUCUCUCUUUGCUGGGACCGUGUGUUGAGGGCGGACAGUGUUGUCUGUCCACCCGUGUUGUUAGUUUCAGGUACUACAUUGAAUUUAAUGAUAUAAUAUAAAUAUAGUGAAACAUG